AUGGCUAGUUCACUUGAGAAAUCUAUGGAGUUGCGGGAAUGUUUAAGAAAUGGUAGUUUAACGCUUAGAGACCUCGACAAUAGGGAGAAACGAGGAUCCUCAAAAGGGAGAAGAAGACGAGGAAAAGCGAAGACUGAAAAAGAGGCUGCAGUCGGUGAUGCUCAAACCUUGGUAAAACCCCGAAGAAAUUCGAAGGUGCUAGAUAAUAUAGACAUCGGGCUGAACUCUGGUGAUAAAGACUCAGAAAUGAUUGUACGUGGUAUUAUUGAUGAUGUAUUUGACGGUGCGUACAACCAAUGCGCCGUAAUUGAAUACAGCAUUGCCAGAGAAAAGGCAAAUGAAUUGGCCGACGUCCUCAAAACCGAAAGAGCCCGUAUCACACACAGAGAGAACACUGAGCAGAGAGAGAGGACAUUAGAGUUAUUGUACAAAGCCGCAGAGGAAAAUGUAGAUGACGUGAUACUGCGUGCAACAAUGCCCAGUAACCAAAGCAUGCACAGCGUGUCUGGGACAGACCAGAUCCUCGGAGAAAUAAUGGUACAAGAUGAAGAUAGUUAUUUGCCAAAGAGGAGCUGGAAGUGGUUACUAUGUGGUUCCUGUGUGUCAAGGCCAUAUCAGCAAAAGAAAGAGAAAUCAGGAUUUCUUGCACGGCUUCACCGCUUGUUCAGACGUCAAUAAAUGUAUUGCUAGUGUUAUUAUUAUUAUUA